GAAAAGUAUUUUUUUUUUUUUUUGAUAUAUUCAAAAAUUUGAUUCAGUGAACAAAGCGAUCAUAAAUCUAUCGAAGACGUGAUUGUUAUCAUAAGAAGAAAAUAGCCACUGAGAAGAGAGAUGGGCGAUGGCGCCAUGGACCAAUUUCAUCUCCGCAUGAAACAGACCUAUAUAUUUUUUACCUUAUAAAUCCCAUCUUUCAUCUUUCUUUUUCUUUCUUCUUUUUCUUUUUUUAUUUUAUAUAUAUAAUUCAUAUUCAUGUUCUCUAUUACACGUAAUCGUAUUUCAACCAUUCCUUCUGUUCGUACUUUUGCCACUCAAGCUAAAAAGAACUUCAAAGUGGUAGUCAUUGGUGCUGGCCCUGGUGGUCUUUCAGUGUCAUCUACUAUUUCCAAAUUAUUGGGCAAGGAUCAAGUAGCAGUUGUAGAGCCUUCGUCUGUACAUUAUUAUCAACCUUUAUGGACAUAUGUUGGAGGUGGUUUGAAGGACUUUAGUGAAUCAUCCAAACCUAUGGGUUCAUUAAUGCCCAAGAAUGCUGAAUGGAUUCAAGACAAGGUAACCAAGUUGGACCCUGAUAAUAAUCAAGUUCAACUUAGCAACGGUGAAGUACUUGGUUAUGAUUACUUGGUGGUGGCUGCUGGUAUUCAAAUCAAUUGGGAUCAAAUCAAGGGAUUAAAGGAAGCUCUUGGCAAGGAUGGUGUGACAUCGAACUACUCUCCUGAAAGUGUACAAAAGACUUAUCCUUUUAUUCAAAAUUUCAAAGGUGGUAAUGCUGUUUUCACUUUUCCCAACACUCCUCUCAAAUGUCCUGGUGCUCCUACCAAGAUUACCUUUUUGGCAGAAGAAGCUUUCCGACUUCAAGGUGUGCGUGACAAGACCAAUGUGAUUUACAACACUAGCUUGGGCAAGAUCUUUGGUGUAGAUCAUUAUGGCAAGGUACUUCAACGAUUGGCUGAUGAACGUGGUAUCAAACUCAACUUCCAAACAGAAUUACUUGAAAUCGAUAGUGCUAACAAAGAAGCCACUUUCCGUAACAAUGCUACCAAGGAAACUCACAAACAAUCUUACGACUUUUUGCAUGUCGCUCCUCCUCAAGGUCCUCCUACUUUUAUCAAAGAAUCUAAAUUGGCCGAUGCUGCUGGUUGGGUAGAUGUCAACAAGGAUACUUUACGACACAAUAAGUACAAGAAUGUUUUUUCCCUUGGUGAUUGCUCUUCUUUGCCUACCUCCAAGACUGCUGCCGCUAUUACUGGUGAAUCUGGUGUUCUCAAGCAUAACUUGAUUGCGGAUUUGAAGGGAAAGAAGGUGGAACAAGCUGCCUAUGAUGGAUACACCUCUUGUCCUUUGAUUGUUGGUCGUGAACAAUUGAUCCUUGCUGAAUUCUCAGGAUAUACUGGUCAACCUUUGGAAACUUUCCCUGUGGAUCAACGUCAAAUCACUCGUAUUGGUCAAUUUCUCAACAAAGAAAUCAUUCCCUCUAUUUACUGGAAUAAUCUUUUAGAUGGUACUUGGACUGGUCCUUCCGCGGUACGAAAUGCUUUGAAGUUCUUGCGUCCUGCCAAUCUUUCCUAGGUAGAUGGAUCGAAUUAUAGUUAUUAUGCUUUCUCUUCAUCCUUCCAUUUUCCUCUCAUUCUUAUUAUUCUUAUUACUUAUUACACUAUAUAUUUCCUUUAUUCAACUCAUUCCCCUCCUCCCAUCAUCUUCUACGCUAUUUUACAUUCAUAUUAGCAAGCUAUUUUUUUUUUUUGAUAUAUCUUCAAUAAAACUUGUAUCAGCUUUGAUUCAUGACUGUCAUA